GAUUGUGUUACAAACAAACCAGUUGAUUGCAGUGAAACCAAACAUGACUGGAAAAGUCACGUUCUGUGUGUGGGAUUUACCUGGAAUGUGUUGUCGUCAAAUGGAAUGAGACGGAAUUCACUACACAAGCGGUUCACAAAAUGUUUCGUGUUAGGCUAUAAAAACUGAUUUUAUCAAACAGAAGAUCAUUCAUUGUGUAACAAUGAGCAUUGGAAUUGCAAACAGGCGAAGAUCAUCAAAGAUGUUUCAGGGGCUACUGGCUGUCUUUUACAACCUGGGUGACAGACCCUACAACCUCACGCUGCCCUUCCAUCGCCUUGACGAUGGAGAAUGGCAUGAGGUGGAGCUUGAUCGUCAUGGCAAAGAGUUCACCCUUCAAUUGGACGGUGGCGGUGGAAGGCGGGAGGUUACGGCCGCUCCUGGGCGGAGUCAGGAGAUAGUCAUCGACCAAUCAGUGGUGAUGCUGGGAAACUCCUUCCCCUCAGGACACAACCGCAGCUUCCUAGGAUGUCUGCGAGACCUAAGGCUGAAUGGGCGGCCCAUGCCCAUUGCCAAGCAGCCCUCUGUGGGGUCUGAGGGGCUCCAGGUAGUCACUUCUCAAGGGGUCUCCCCAGGCUGCCCCUCCGAUGCCUGCAGGAAACACCAGUGCUCUCCCCCCUUCAUCUGCAUGGACCUCUGGAGGAAACACGAGUGCAGGUGCCCCCCUGGUCACAUGAUGAAGAAGAAUGCCUCGGACAAGGUCUGCGUCUACACGCUGUGCGCCAGCAGGCCCUGUCGCCAUGGCACCUGUGUGGCCCACUCUCCCUCCAAGUACUCGUGUCACUGCUCGGAGGGCUAUCGCGGGCUCCACUGUGAGGUCUCUCUGGCACUGUACCACAACGACGACAGCAACACGCUGAGCCUCAGCUCUGCGUUUGCCAUCAGUAUCUGUGUCCUGGCCUUCCUAGUGCUGAUGCUGGGCCUGUUCCUCUACUCCUGCUGGAGGAGACACAAGGGCCUGAAGGAGAGCGUCUACCACGUAUCAGCACACCACGGAGAAUGGGAGGACAUCCGAGAGAACGUGCUCAACUAUGAUGAGGAGGGCGGAGGGGAGCAGGACCAGAAUGUCUUCAACAUGGUGGAGUUACAGAGGUCUCUGCAGCCCAGCCCAGCCCAGUCACUGAGAUACAGCUACCCACAAUGCAUAAUCUCCUACCCUCAGACGACCAAGCCACCGGACACCAAGAAUGGGACCAAACCAAAAGGAUCAAACGAACCCAGAAUCGGCAGCACGGCGAUCGCCCUGCGUCUGGCCCACCCUCCGUCCGGUUCUGCUACCCUUCCCUCUCCCCUCGCCAUGCGGCAAUCCCAUAAGUCCCUGUCCUUCUCCAGUCAGGACCUGGCCCGCUACCUGUGUGAGAUCAUAAGGGACACGGACCAUCCCCUGGGGGACAACCCUGGCUUCAUGACCUCACAGCGUCGCCUGUCCAAUAGGGGGCAGCAUGGUGGUCUAGUCGUGCGCUCACUUAGCUCCCUCAAUGCUGGAGGUCAGGGGUCAGAGGUUAGGGUUCAGGGGAGUCAGGAGAGCCUGGAGCGUCAGAGAGCCCAGAGCCCACUGCUGGACAGGCUCAAAGCCCUGCGAGCUGUAGUCAGUGAGCUCAGAGUGGACGCUGCUGUAGACUGCUGCCACCAAGAGUACAGAGGGACAGAAGGACAAAGUGAAGGAGAGGGAGACCAGGGGGCAGCCCAAUUGUGAGAAGAGAGCAUGAGACUGGAGUUGUGCAAUUUUUAAAUUGAUUGAUCCAAAGAUGGUGUUGGGGAAAAACAAAACAAAUGAGAACAAAUAGUUAAGAAAUGUACAUUUCUGAUUUGUAAUCCAUUUGUAAAGUAUUCUAUGGGUGGAUUGUGGCAAAAAAUGUGAUGCAUCUUUGAUGUGAGAGAUUUUACAACCAAUCUGGAAAAGCAGCACCAUUUCCUUGGCAAUGCCCUGUCUAUACCCCACAAAAAUAUAUGUAAAAGAAGGCUAACUGAAUCUAGAUUUUAAAUAGGGUUCCUUUUUUGUUGUUGAUAAUUAUCGUAAUAUAAUUUCUGUGAGAAAAAAAUAUUUUGUUUGUUUUGUUUUGAUUUAACGCCUUUUGAAUAAAUAAAUAUUUGAGAAAGAAAUCAGAAAAACAUUUAGAAAUGUAUGUCUGUGAUAAUAAGCCAUUGCUAUCUUUUAGGUUCAUUUUUGUGAUGCAUUUUUUACCAACCAAUUUUCAUUAUCAAAAGCUAUGUUUGGUAAAUGCAUGCCUCUAUUCCUCAGCAACUUAAGUAUAUCACUGCACUACCUCUUAUUUACUGAUUCAUAAUAGCGCCUAAAUAUUAUAUGCAAU